AUGUCACAGAGGUUACCCUACGGUGGCCAACCAAAUUUCUUCCAACAAACAGCGCAUCUCCCAGGAGCCACUGCCUUCCCUCCUGAGCGCAGGACAGUUGGGGGUCGUCUUUUUAAUGGCUACAGUUAUCCCUGUGAACUGAACAACCUAUCAUCCUCUGGAGGCGUCAAGCCACUUGACGCCCCCGUUUCCCCACCGGUUCCGCCACAUUCCACUCCAGCCGUCUCCAGCACGCAGAGAUUUUUCUCCGAGGCAGAACUCCGUGAGGCCUCCGGCGCUACGGCAGAUCGUCUGCAGGACUCGAAACCCUACUCCUCAGCCUCUACAUCUGCUCUGCCUAAACCGAGUCAAUUCUAUCGUUCAAUGGGCUACUUGGCGGCACCCACAGCAGCUUUCCAUGGUUCGGCACCGUAUAUGGCGCCAGCAACGCCAUGGCCGGGGUCCACAAACUUUCAGGUAGCCGAACAUGUCGAUUGCUAG